AUGCCCCACGGAGCCAGCGGCACUGCGGUCUGCUUCUGUGGGAAAACAUCAGCAGACACUGAGGACUCCGGGACGGCCCACGAUGGCGUCGUCGGCUCGGGAACGCUGGGCUCUGGCUCCGGCUCUGACGCUGACUCGCUGCGAGGCCUUGGCGUGGCACCUCCCUGCUCUGGGCCUCAGUUUCUCCAUCCGUCAAAGGAGGGGGUUAUAACGGAGGACAAGCUCAUGGAGAGCUGCGUGCCAGCCCCAGAUGGAGCCAGGCUGACCCAACCGCAGCAGCCCUGGGCUCCGAACAAACCAGUGCACGAUGCCCACCCUCCACGCCUGCUGACCUCGGCGGGUGGGCAGGUAACAGCCACAGAGCCGUACACCCCCAUCCACCCAUCCAUCCACCCAUCCACCCAUCCAUCCAUCCACCCACCCAUCCAUCCAUCCAUCCAUCCACCCAUCCAUCCACCCAUUCAUCCACCCAUCCAUCCAUCCAUCCAUCCAUUCAUCCACCCAUCCAUCCACCCAUCCAUCCAUCCAUCCAUCCAUUCAUCCACCCAUCCAUCCAUCCACCCACCCAUCCAUCCAUCCAUCCAUCCACCCAUCCAUCCAUUCAUCCACCCAUCCAUCCAUCCAUCCAUCCAUUCAUCCACCCAUCUACCCAUCCAUCCACCCAUCCAUCCAUCCACCCAUCCAUCCAUCCAUCCAUCCACCCAUCCAUCCAUCCAUCCAUCCACCCAUCCAUCCACCCAUCCAUCCAUCCAUCCAUCCAUUCAUCCACCCAUCUACCCAUCCAUCCAUCCAUCCAUCCACCCAUCCAUCCAUCCAUCCACCCAUCCAUCCACCCAUCCAUCCAUCCAUCCACCC